AUGCAGUUCGCAUUACCUCCGCGGCGGAGCCCGCAUGCUCUACCUCUUGCCCGCUCCUCUCGAAUGCCGUCAUAUCGCAGAAAACAAUUGAAGUCGAUCACGAUCCUGACAUUUGCGUUUUUGUCUCUUAUCUACAUCCUUAAUUACCUAUAUUUUUCGCCCUCCGUUACGGCUUCGGCGGAUACUUCUGAUGUGGUAAUCGUCACUCUGCUCGACCGCCAGCGGCUCAGUGAGAGCUACCUCCAGAAGAUUGUCGCGAACCGGGAGGACUACGCUAAGCGCCAUGGCUACACGAACUUCUUCGCAAGCGUAUCGGACUAUGACGAGGCCGUUGGUGAUGCCCCGAAGAGUUGGGCUGUUGCACCAGCCAUUCGUCAUGCUAUGGCCACACAUCCUCGCGCGGCAUAUUUCUUCCAUCUUGACACCCACGCUUUGAUUAUGAACCCUUCCAAAUCCCUCAAGUCUCACCUUCUGGAGAAGGGCCGUCUUGAAGAGCUGAUGUUAAAGGAUGUGCCGAUUGUACCACCCGACAGCAUAAUCAAGACAUUCGCUCACCUGAAAGAGAAGGACGUGGACCUUAUUAUCACCCAAGAUAAGGAAGAUUUGAACCCCGGAAGCUUUAUCUUGAAGAAUGGAGACUUCGCUCGCUUCUUCCUGGAUAUCUGGUUUGAUCCGCUUUAUCGCAACUAUAACUUUGCCAAAGCGGAGACUCAUGGACUAGAUCAUAUCAUGCAGUGGCACCCAACUGUUCUUGCUCGAACCGCCUUGGUACCUCAGCGUAUCAUGAGCUCCUACAGCAAGGAGUCUCCUGGUGCAUCUUCGGAUGGUUUUUAUAAGAGUGGUGACCUCGUGAUCCAAUUCCGCGGGUGCGAUGAGGGAGCUGCCCGGAACUGUGCCCAUGAACUGGAGCCAUACUACAAACUAUGGGAGAGGACGGCCAAGAGCAACUAG